AUGGUUAAAUAUGUGGAAGGGUCCUUUGACGAGGACUAUAUCCAAACCUUAGGCGUCAAUUUCAUGGACAAGAAAAUCCAGAUUCGAAGCACAAAUAUAACUUUCCUGAUAUGGGAUUUGGGUGGCCAGAAAGAGUUUAUCAACAUGCUUCCCUUGGUUUCUAAUGACGCGGUUGCCAUCUUAUUUAUGUUUGAUCUUACUCGAAAAUCGACCCUUAACUCGAUAAAGGAAUGGUACAGGCAGGUCCGGGGUUUCAAUAAAACCGCCAUUCCCUUUUUAGUCGGCACAAAGUAUGAUGAGUUUAUCGAUCUACAACCACAAGACCAACUUGAAAUUACCCAGCAAGCCAAACGGUUUGGGAGGGCAAUGCGAGCGCCUGUGAUUUUCUGCUCUACAAGCCACUCCAUCAAUGUGCAGAAGAUCUUUAAGAUCAUCUUAUCUAAGGCGUUCGACUUGAAGUUAAACAUCGAGGAAAUUGUUAACGUGGGCGAGCCCAUACUAAUUUACAAAGAUCCCACUAAGCAACUAUAA